AUUUGCUUGCCAUGUUUCAAAAAAAGAAAUGAAAUGUCAAAUGACAACAUUUAAGCUAUUGGGGUGAUGUUCACCCUAAAGGAGGAGGUGAACAAAAUUGCACUCCCUCAGUCCCUCGAACACCUCAAGAAAAGCACUUUGGACAAGUAGCACCUAUUCUGAAACGUAGCUCUUUGCCUCAUUUUCAAACAUCCAAUAGGAGUUACAGUCAAAAGACGGCGUUGCGGCAGAUGAUUGACACGUAGCCAUUCAUCAAUUUCGUAUCUUUGCCUCAAAUAUCUCCAUCUUCAUCCCAAAUCUCCUGAUGUGCUCUGCUAAAAAUCCUCUGUUUUCCUCACCCACAAAGAUUCCCACCAACUUUAACCAUGAUCCUACAACGUUUGUUCAGUGUCCUGAUUCUCACCUGUUCGAUUUGUCUGAGUUCUUGUCCGGGAACGCUAGAAAUGCGGAAUGCUAAGAAAUCCAUGGCUUUGCCCCUGAAGGCUCAAGGAAUGAAAUCCAGGUCCUAUCUCGGAGACCCGCUUCAUCUGAAGAUCACCCAGAACGUGACCCUCACGGUGUCUCUGGCCGUCGGGUCGCCGCCGCAGAUGGUGACGAUGGUGCUCGACACCGGGAGUGAGCUGUCUUACCUGCGGUGCCACGGAACUCAGAAUAAGCAGCCCGUUUUUGACCCGAACCGGUCGCCGUCCUACUCGCCGGUUACCUGUUUGUCGCCGGACUGUAAUAAUCAGCUCCGAAAACAGGAAUCCUCCAUAACCACUGGCUGCAGCCCCUCGAACAACUGCACCGCCGGGGUCUCCUUUGCCGACUUGGGGUCGGUAGAUACGAGUUUGGCGAAGGACACGAUCAGCAUUGCCGGGUCGAACUUCAACGAUACAGCAUUCGGGUGCAUGGAUCUGGGUUCAAGUAGUAACUCGGGAGAAGACUCAAAGACCACCGGGCUAAUGGGUAUGAACCUUGGAUCUCUUUCUUUCGUUUCUCAAAUGGGUUUCAAGACAUUUUCGUACUGCAUUUCAAGCUCGGAUAAUUCGGGCCUUCUGGUGCUGGGCGACUCGGGCUUCAGCCGGGCCAAACCUCUGAAUUACACCCCGCUGGUUCUGUUGAAGAGCACAUCGCCAAAUUAUAACCGGGUAGCAUAUACAGUCAAUCUCACGGGCAUAAAAGUGGCGGACAAAUUGAUACCAGUAUCGCAAUCCGCAUUCAGGAUCGCCGGUAACGGUGCGGGUCAAACCAUGGUGGACUCCGGGACCCAAUUCACCUACCUUCUCGAGGAGGCUUACACUGCACUGAAAAACGAAUUCUGGAAUCAAACAAAGGAAAUCCUGGAGGUAUGCCACGGUUACGUGUUCCAAGGGGCAAUGGAUCUGUGUUUCCGGGUCAGAUCCAACCAAACGAGCCUGCUGGUAUUGCCGUCGGUAACCUUACUAUUGGAAGGGGCCGAGAUUGAGAUUCCGGGGAACAGGUUGCUGUACCAGGUUCCGGGCGAUGUUUCCGUUCACUGCUUUACAUUUGGCAGUUCCCAGCUGCUAGGGACGACGGCUUAUAUAAUUGGGCACUAUCACCAGCAGAAUCUGUGGGUCGAGUAUGAUCUUGUCAAUUCUCGGAUUGGUUUGGCUCACUUCACAUGCAAUUUUUAGUCGAUAAUAAAACUUGUGAGUUGUGACAAACAGAAAUAUUUUGUGAACAAUAUAUACUUAUUGUAUAACACUCUGUAUAAUGCUGCACUCUUACAUGUAUGCGCAUGAGUAUUUUUUAUUCAUAGAUACAACUAUAGAAGACAACAAUAUAUGUGUCUGUGUAUGAGUUGAGUUUCGCUACUAUAUACUACUACUUCCUA